AUGAUUCGUACUGCUUUGGUAACUGGUGCUGCUCGAGGGAUAGGACGUGCAAUUGCUUUUCGGCUUGCUAAAGAUGGUUUCAAUGUUGCUGUUAAUGAUAUAGAAGCUAGUUCUUCUGAUCUUCAAAAAGUUCAACAAGAAAUUGAAGAAAUCGGUCGAAAAUCGAUCACUAUAAUUGCUGAUGUUUCUGACAGUGAAUCGGUCGAAAGGAUGAUGCAAGAGGCUGCAGAAAAAUUAGGAAGUCUAGACGUAGUGGUCGCAAAUGCAGGAAUUGGUGAGGUAAAAUCACUCUUGGAUACGACUGUAGAAGACUGGGAUAGAGUUUUCGCAGUAAACAUGCGUGGAGUAUUUCUUUGUUACAAAGAAGCAGCUAAAAUUAUGAUUCAACAAGGUAGAGGAGGAAAAAUCAUUGGUGCAGGUAGCUCUGUUGCAUAUAAAGCAUGUGCAAUGAUUGGUCCUUAUUGCGCCACAAAAUGGGGUAUAUGA